UUUCUGUCCACAUCCAGAGCAGAGAGGAACAGCUGCCACAGCUGGAUUCACCCAGACCAGAUCGGACCAGACCGGACCAGGUUCCUCCUCUGGACUGAACCCUGACAGGUCAUUACAAACUGAAUGAUGUAGGAAACAUCGGAGACGUCACAUGACGACAGAUUCCUGCUCAGAUCUCAUCUGACGUCUUCAGAGGAAACAAACAUGGAGGACGACGACGUCUCCUGUCCUCUCUCUCUCACACAACAGGAUUCAUGAUCAAAGGUAUUGAUCGUCGAUUGUCUUCAGAGCAGAUCAGGGAGGGUAAGAUCAGUCUGAACACAGCUCACACCACAGGAGAAUCUUAAAGGAUCAUCUUUACAACCAUCAGAUGAUCAGCCCUCUGACCUCUGACCUCUGACCAGAGGAUGUUUGCAUCAGGAGUCUUUCUCAGCUUUACUGUGGUUGUUGUCUCUGUCUCUGUCCACAGACCCUCAGUCCUCAGUGAUCCAGACCCAGAGUGAGGGUCUGGACUCUGGUCCUGCUCUGGUCCCUGUAAACAGGCCUGUUCUCUGAGGAGGACUGAAUAACGUCUGUGGUUGUGGUUUCAGCUCAUUGUCACUCAGCGGUGUCACAAUCACUAUCAGCUCCUCCUCGCCUCCAUCUCAGGGUGGAGGAUGGCGGCCAUUUUGUGAGACUGAGACUGAGACUGAUGAACCGUACACUGAUCUGAGAUCAGACCGAUCUGUGACCAGGAGUCCGUCUGUGCUUCACCUGCUUCACCUGUGGCUGAGUGACAGAGGAGGAGGUCUGGUGGUUCUGGUCUUGUCUGUGCUGGUCUGGUCUGGUCUGGCCUGUGCUGGUCUGGUCUGUGUUGGUCUGGUCUGGUCUGUGUGUAACAGGCCUGUUGUGUCAGAGACAGAGUGUGAGAAUAAACAGCAGAAAGCAGAAGUGCAGCAGACUCCUCUGCUCCUCCACCUGAGGGAGGGGAUCAGGUCCAGGUGUGGUCCAGGUUCAGACCCAGGUACCAAACAGGACUGUUUCACAGACAGAGCGUCACCCUGUCUGACCUUUGACCUUUACCCCCCAGCUCUGAUGCAGCAAGUCUUCCUGCUGUGGGAGGAGGUGGAGGAGGAGGAGGAGGAGGAGGUGCAUCGUAGCUCAGGUGCAUCAGGUGCAGCAUCACCUGAUGUGUGAAACAGCUUCACCCUCUCACAGAGAGGCAGCGGCCGUGAGAGGGUGAGGGAGGGAGGAGGGAGAACAGGAAGUGAAGCUGAAGGCGUCGCUCUGCUGCUCAGACUGACAUUCAGUCGUCAUCCAGACAACAUGAAGACUCCGUCUGUGUCUCUGCUCCUCGGUGUGUCUGUGCUGCUGCUGUCUGGACUGACUGUUUCUGCAGUCUCUCUGAAUGUCAGUCCAAACCGUCUCCAGUUCUUUAAAGGAGAGUCCGUCUCUCUGAGAUGUGAGGGACAGGUGGUCUCUGAUGGACAGACAGUAAAGAGGACCAGAGGAGGACAGACUGAGGACUGUGGACCAGCUUCAGGAUUUGGGAGGUUUGAUGGUUCCUCCUGUAACAUCUCUGGUCUCAGUCUCUCAGACUCUGGAGGUUACUGGUGUGAAGACAGAGCUGAUCAGAUCAACAUCAGUGUCAUUAACACAGUAACUGAUAAAGCAGGUGUUCCAGUUAUUCUGGAGAUCCCUGCACUUCCUGUGAUGACAGGAAGUGAUGUCACUCUGCGCUGUAGAGACAAAGACAACAACAGAUUCAAGGCUUUUUUCUUCAGGGAUGGUAAAGACCUUGGAUCUGGACCUGAUGGAGAACUCCCCCUCAGUAAAGUCCAACAGUCUCAUGAAGGUCUCUACUGGUGUUACAGAAACAAAGGUUUUGACUCUCCUCAGAGCAGACUGAGGGUCAGAGCUCCUCCUCCUCCUCCUCCUCCUCCUCCUCCUCCUCCUCCUUCAUCUUCUCCUCCUCCUCCUCCUACAACCUCCAACUACUCCUCUAACUCCUCCCCACCUCCCAUAGACUCCUCCUUCUCCUCCCUCCUCCUCCCAGUUGUAGCAGCUCUGGGCUCUCUGGUUCUCCUGGUCCUGGUCCUGGUUGGUCUUGUGCUGUGGUGGAGGAAACAAACAGGACCGACUCCUUCACCUGCUCCAGAUGAUGUCACCUACUGUGAUGUCACUGUGAGACACACAGCCAAUAGGAAAGACAAACACUCUGCUGCUGAAGACACAGUCUACUCUGGAGUGAGGACACACACUGCAGGUCCUGCUGACGUCACCUACGGGGACAUCGUCAUCAGAUCUCAGAGGAAAGCAGGAAGGAGGACUGAAUCACCAGCUGAUCCUGAUGUUGUGUAUUCAUCAGUCAGAGCAGAGGAGACACUGCAGCUUCCUUCACCAAAGGACAGAAUGACGUCCCAUGAUGCCUUGCAGCAGCAGCAGCAGAUCCACGUGUAGAAACAGCAGAGCUCCUGUUUUCUGUUUGAGACUCAGAAACUGAUGAAAUCCUUCCUCCUCUAACAAUCAUUUCCUCUUCUUAACAAACGUAUAAAAAGGUCAAAGGUCAGAACAGGAGAUUCUGACUUUCUGUCUGAAGAUAAAUCACUCUGAACCGGAACCUGAGGAACAGGAACCUGAACUGUAGCUCUGAGUCUGUCUCUGUUUGUCUCUGUGUUAUAAAUAAAGUUGGUUUAAAAAACACUGAGCGUCAGAUUCUUCAUCACCUCAGG